AAGACGGAAAGGAAAAAAAAAAAUCGUAUAAUAAACAUUUUCUAAAAAAUUCCAUUGUCCUUCGCGUAUAGUGUAAUUACGUUAUACUAUUGCAAGACUGGUAAUAUACGCAAACUGUACCAAAUUUCGAUAUAACCUAUUCGAUGCCGCGUUCGGUGAAACAUUUCGGAUUCGACCAAUUGGACUCGAACCAACAGAGAUCGUGGAACUCACGAUGGCUGACGACAUCAGAGAAAGAGAAUCGGAAAAGGUGAAACCACAGGAAACGCUUGUGCGAAAACUGAAAACCGUCAAAACCGAUGAUGUCAAGGAUUUAACGAAUUCUUCGGAUAUAACGACAGAGUUAAAAAAUAUAAACAACGAUCUUGCCGAUGUAAGUUACGUGUGUGGCUGGGUACCUACUACGAAAGAUGCGAUUUUGUUCGAUCUGUGUGUCGCGUAUAACGACGAUUUUUCAAAGUGGCCACAUUUGAAAAGGUGGUUCACAAAUAUUCAAAGCUUCAGUAUAACUGAGCGUGUAGCGUUUCCUGACCCGGAAGAGCCUAUCGCUUCUUCGCGAAACCUUCGCCUUUCAGAUCGAAAUUGGAUCGACCGAAAGAUAGCAGAGGAAAUUCCCAAAUUAUCAGAGGAGAAAGCUCGUUCGGAGGAAGGAAAGAAUGUUGCAUCCUCGAAGGUUAUUCUCAAAACACCGAAAGGUACCAGGGAUUAUGGUCCCGAGCAAAUGGCAUUGCGGCUCGGAGUAUUGGAUAAAAUAAUAACGGUGUUUAAGAAACACGGUGCAGAGACCAUAGAUACGCCUGUCUUCGAACUAAAGGAAAUUUUAACGGGAAAAUAUGGAGAAGAUUCGAAACUAAUUUACGACUUGAAAGAUCAAGGUGGAGAAAUAUUGGCUCUUAGAUACGAUUUGACCGUACCUUUUGCUCGAUAUUUAGCUAUGGGGAAAAUUUCUACCAUUAAGAGAUAUCAUAUAGCAAAGGUUUAUCGACGGGACAAUCCUGCCACGACAAAGGGUAGAUACAGAGAAUUUUAUCAAUGCGAUUUCGACAUAGCCGGGCAAUACGAUCCGAUGAUACCGGACGCCGAAUGCAUACGUAUCGUAUCCGAAGCGUUACAAUUGUUGGAUGUAGGUCCUUACGCGAUCAAAUUGAACCAUAGAUCGUUACUGGACGGUAUAUUCGCUGCUUGUGGUGUUUCGCAAGAAAAGUUCCGUACCGUUUGUUCGUCGAUCGAUAAGCUCGACAAAAGUCCCUGGUCAGAAGUAAGGAACGAACUCGUGGAAGAAAAGGGAUUGGACGAAUCGAUUGCCGAAAGAAUUGGAACGUACGUGUCGCGGUCCGGUGGAGUGGAACUUAUCGAUGAACUAAGAAACGAUGCCGAUCUGAUGAAACAGGCAUCCGUGGUGAAAGGCUUAGAGUGCAUGGAACUAUUAUUCAAGUAUUGCGAUAUUUUCCAAGUACAAGACAAAGUGGUUUUUGAUCUUAGUCUCGCUAGAGGACUCGAUUAUUAUACAGGAGUGAUUUUUGAAGCGAUAUUAACUGGCGAUGACGUUGGCGUUGGCAGUGUGGCUGGCGGUGGACGGUACGACAAUUUGGUGGGAAUGUUCGACAGCAAGAAGAAGUCGGUUCCGUGUGUUGGUUUGUCGUUAGGUGUCGAACGGAUUUUUAGCGUAUUGGAAGCGAAGUUAAACCGCGAAGGUUCAAAGAUACGUACCACGGAAGUCCAAGUAUUUGUUGCGAGUGCGCAAAAGAAUCUACACGAAGAAAGAAUGAGAAUUUUAUCGACCCUUUGGGAUGCCGGAUUGAAAGUUGAGCAUUCCUAUAAGAAGAAUGCAAAGUUACUGGCUCAGUUGCAUCAUUGCGAGGAGAAUAACAUACCGUUAGUCGUAAUAAUCGGUGAAGGAGAAUUGGCAAGAGGGGAAGUUACGUUGAGAGACGUUGCCUCUCGGGCGGAGGUUUCGAUUCCCCGAACAAAUUUAAUCGAAGAGAUACGGAAAAGGCUAGAAAAACGAUAAUUUUUACAUGCAUAGCUGAUUAUUCGAUGCAAAUAAAAAUCGUACCAAACAGAGUGGUGGAAUUGUUCUUGAUUCCAUGAAUCGCGUUCUCCGUAAACACCACUCUUUGAUACAGCGAAGAAAAAGAUAGUCUGUGCUCUUGUAUAAUCUAAAUUAUUUUUUAAUUUAUUGCAUAGAAUAGUUACGAAUAAAAGUCUAUCGUAAUCGCGUCGUUAACAAUUA